UAUACGUUCUCUGCUGCAAUAAGCCAUUUUGCUUCUUUUAUUCCUUGUGCAACUAAAAUUAAUACACUUAAUUUUUUUAAAUAUUUGUUUUUUUUUAAUAUUUGUGAACCCAUCACAUAAGUACCGUCAAUUAUUUGUAAGUCUGGCAUCAUUGUCUACAUGUCUGUGGUAGACGUCAGUGCAAAGCAAAAGAUUUGCUCAGCGUUUGUGGAAAAGACGCAAAUUGUGUGAAUAUUUUCAAAACUUUUCAAUAAGAUUGGAUAUUGGCUUAAAGAGGUGAUUUUUUUUAGCAAAACUAAUAUAAUUGGUUACAAAUCCGUACAUUUACAUAUCAACGAAAAUUGUGAAAUCGACGUAAUUAUCGCUUGUGCAUCAGACGUUUAUUUAUGUAGAAUGUGCGCUUUAUGGUGUUUGCUUUCUGGAUAUGACCAUGAAGGUCCAAAUUUAAGACUAUUUGUACUUUGAAUUCGCCAGUUACAAAAUUUUUCAUGCAAAGGAGGACUUCGUUGCGUUAAGAAAGUGUACUAUGAUAUAGUAGAUUGCGUGUUUCUUGAAAGAAAAGGCAAAACCUUUUGUAACCUGUCUAUUUCAUAGACGUCGAAGGACAAAGAAAGCGAUAAAGGACGCUUGGCGGAAUAUACAGCAUCAGUUAUAAAGAAAACACAAAGAAAUAUAAAAGCAAAAACUUUGUAAGAGAACCAGAAUACUAAUUGAGAGUUCAUUUGCCUUUGUCGUGUUCGUGUAGCAAUUUCUUAAUUCAGUUACACUCAUUCAAAUUCUGUGAAAGUGAAACCACGUUGACGCACUGGUGAAGGUGUGCUCACGAUACCACCUCCUUAGUAUUUCAUGUAAUUUAAAAAUUAAAGUGUAAAAUAAAUAUGAAUGCAUCUGCUGCAUUUGUGCCAUCAGUUGGAUUCGGUGGUACUAUAGCUGCCGGUUUAACUUCUAUGAUGUCUAAUUUAAACGUGGACGAAGGUGCAACAGCAAUGUCAAGAGCACAACCAAUUAUGAUGGCGAAUCCACCUAUUUGUCGCUAUUUUCAACGUGGUGUGUGCCAUUAUGGCAGCUCGUGCCGUUUUUCUCACGUUCUUACUGGCGGCGAAGCAAUUAAUAACAGUAGUAAUGAAACUGAAUCUCUAAAUCCCACAACCUCUAUAACAAACAACCAGAAAAUAACAACAGAAACUCUAAAUGCUCGACCUAGUACUAGUCGACAAAAUUGGAUAAAUGCUCCAGUUUUUGUGCCGAAAAGUUAUCGACAAACGUACUCUGCUGAAGAAGUUGCUGAUAACUCUAUUAAUGAAGGUGCAACGAGCAUGUGUCCAACGAACAAUGACAUACAAAAAUCUUGGGCUGAAGUGGUUGGUGGUAAUAAUGUGGCACAGCGUACAAACCUUAUUGAAGUUACCGAUGCCGAAGGCAUGCUUGAAAUGGAAUGCCCAUUUGAGGGUCCCUGUCCGUAUGGUGCGUAUUGUGCUUAUGGCAUACACAUGGAACUUUGUAAAAUGUGCGACCAGUUUUGUCUACAUCCAAGUGAUCAACCGCAACGCCGCAAACAUAAUCAAGAAUGUUUACAGCAGCAUGAACAAGCCAUGGAGUGGUCAUUUGCUAUUGCCCGCUCCAAGGAUAAAACUUGUGGUAUUUGCUUCGACACAAUAAUGGAAAAAGCUGGAAGAGAGAAACGUUUUGGAAUUUUGCCGAAUUGUAACCACAUUUUCUGCUUGGAAUGCAUACGGAAAUGGCGGCAGGCAAAACAGUUUGAACAUAAGAUCACACGCUCAUGUCCAGAGUGUCGCGUAUCUUCAGAUUUUGUCUGUCCCAGUGCCUUUUGGGUGGAAACUAAGGAAGAAAAGGAUAAGCUGCUCAACGACUAUCGAUUAGCGCUUGGUGUGAAAGACUGCAAAUACUUUAAAAAGGGUGAUGGUAAGUGUCCAUUUGGCAAUAAAUGUUUUUAUAAACAUGCUCUACCCAAUGGGAAUUUAGUCGAUGUGGGUUGCCCAAAGCGUGCACGUAAAUUACAUCGUGGCUCAAACGAUUUCAUCGAUUUGCUAGAUAUUUAUUUGUGGGAGUUUGUCGAACAACGCGAUUACCAUUGGCUUGAUUUUCUGUCCGGCACCAGCGAUGAUAGUGAAAGCGACUUUUCGGAGGUGUAAAAGUGUGCAGAUUUUCAAUAACUCAAAGUUAUACAAUUAUUACAUGCUGGCAUAUUUAUACCAAUAUGUUACCAAUAUUAAGUUGCGCAAAGAAAAAAGAGAACCUAUAUACAAGUUAGAAAUUCUAAAAAAGGAAUAAAAUCAUAAUAGUCUAUUAGCUGCUAUGGAUCCGUCGUAUGUAAAAAACGGAUUACCAAAAUUAUAUGAUUAAAUUGCACAUAUGAAAAAGUCGGCAUUAAACAGAUAUCCAACAAAAAAAAGAAAGAAAAAAACACAGAUUAAAACUUGAAAGUUAUAAACAUACAAAAAUUGUAUAAUCGGGCGAAAUGACUCGUAUCUAGCUUGUACAAGUAUAUAGAAACAAAAGCGAAUACAUUUAUAGGAACACAAUGCAACGAACUUUUUUCGAGUAGUAAAAAUAAACAAAAAAAAAAGUGCAUAAUAUACAAAAUAAGAAGUUUCCGAAAAAAAAUCAUCUUAUAAAAAGUGGGCAUUGCUGAAAGAAUAAACAACAAAAAAGAAAAAAAAAAAAUGAAAUACAUUAAAAAUAUGCAAUUACGGAAUAUAUAAAUUUAGAUUUAUGUGCGAAUAUGUAUACAUUACUUUGGUCAUUUAUCAUAUGGUAAAAAUAACAAAUUAAAUGUGUUAAAUAUUUAAUAUAUAUCUAUAUAUCAAAAUUAACAACACAAUCUAAGCCGCAUAUAACACACUGGUAGGAACUCUUUUUACGAAAAGCCAUAUCACACAAAAAUGGCGUACAAAUUUCAAAUGAAAAACCACAAAUCCUUAUAUAUAUAUAUAUUUGAAUUUGAUUGUGAUUUAUACUCGUAAUUGCCACGCUGACCGCCAUGAUGUCGGCUUCAAUUGUAAUAAACAACAACAAUAAUAAUUAAUUUAUCAUAACGCCAUGAACGCGUUUGGGCGUGCGCCUGCCUUAAAUGUCCCCCCACCAUCGCGCGCAACGAACGUGCAACGGCUAAUAUAUGACUAAUGUUACUUUUAUUUGCAAAUUAAUUAUUAGUGAUAAUACAUCAAUUUUUUUUUUUAUAUAAUAAAGUUGUAAAGUUGGAAAACGCCAAAGGCUUGUUUGCGGCUGGUUAUAAAAUAUAUAUGCGUUGUAGUAUUUUAAAAAUUCCAACUAAAAGUGAUGCAAAUGUUUAUGCUGGUUAAUAUAUUUUGUCAUGCAUUGAUUUAAAACAACUUAACACGCCGUUAAAUAUGUAGCUACUUGUCCUAUAAACCACACGUUCACCUUUAUGAACUUUGUUCUUUCGUAUUUAUGUUGAAGUAUUUGAAAAUUAGAAUUCAGUAUAUGCUUAAGUUGUUAUUUGCUUAAAUAUUACGGUGCAGUGUAAAAGUGUAGGACUUAAUUCAAUUGUUUUUCUUUUUUUUUUGAAUUUAAAAUUCAUGCCUUUAUGCCAAAAAGAACGUUCAAAUUUCAAAUUUUUAUUUUUUAAUUAUCAAUAUUUUUAGUUGAUUAUUAUAAAGAUUAAAAGUUAAAUUGUUCUUAAUCUAUUUACCAUAUUUUUUUCAUUUCACCUGUUGUCUGUUAAAUGUAUUAAAAUAUAUAUAUAUAUAAAUUUGAUUGCAAGGAAUAAAAUCAAACCCGUUAACUUCGCGUUUGUUACAUAUAAGCGUUAGCAUUAACAUUAUUUUUAUAAACAAAUAAAAAAAAAAAAAAAAAAAAAUAACACAAAAACUAAAAGCCCU